UGAAUAUCUAAUCUAAAAAAGCAAGUUUCUCUGAUCAUAUGUUUCUAUUUCAUCUGAAUUUUUCAAAAAACUUGCAAUAGCGAACAAGAAACUUUUUGUUGUUAGGGUAUACUCGAAGCUCACAAGAUCAUGGCUUUGCGCGCUCCAAGACAAACUGCCGAUGUCGGUAGAGACCACCAGCUCUAUUGGUGUUACCAUUGUCAUCGGUUGGUCCAUGUUAGCUCGGACAACCUGUCCGAGGUGGCUUGUCCGAGGUGCCUUGGUCAGUUCCUUGUUCAAAUCAACAUGAGAAGAACUAGAUCGGUUCCUGAAUUCACUGCAUUCGAUCCCUCUCCUGUGGCCCGAAUUCUUGAAGCGUUGUCCCUCUUGUUUGAUCCACCAAAUGCAUUGCAAAAUCCCGACAUGGAUAGAAGAAGAAAUGAUCAAGGAACUGGACAAAGAAUUCGUGUUCUUCGCAGAAGACAUCAAAGGGAAGGAUCCGAGCCGGCAAACCGAUGGGGAUGGUUAUUGCCGAGGAGAAGAAACAAUUUGUUUGGUGAGAAUAGGGAUGAUUGGAGACCUGAACCUGGGAUUCUAGCCCGUCUCUGGGCCUGGAUCAUUCUCGGAUUAGCCGGGGCUGUCCCAGCUGGCGGUAGGAAUCCAUUACAGGAAGGGCUGAUACCACCUAGAGUGCAACCCCGGAACUACUUUGUAGGCCCUGGAUUUGAGCGACUUAUAGAAGAACUUACUCAGAACGACAGGUCGGGGGCAACUCCGGCCCCAGAGUCGGCCAUUGAUGCGAUUCCGACAACGAAAGUUAAGCCAUCCCAUUUGGCUACCAGUUCAGAAUGCCCAGUUUGCAUGGAAGAAUUUAAAUUAGGAACUAAAGCAAGGGAGCUUCCAUGCAACCAUAUAUACCAUUCUGAUUGCAUUGUCCCUUGGUUGAGGCUGCACAAUUCUUGCCCAGUUUGCCGCCACGAGCUGCCGGUUCCAAGUCAAAUUCCGGCAGAUUCAUCCAGUGAUUCUCGUGAGGAAGGUAGAGGCUGAGGCAGACGGGCAAUACGUGACCCUUCCGAUCAAGAUAUCGAUCUCUUCAUCCACAUGAUAGUGGCACAUGAAUAUCUCAUCGCGGAGAGAAUUGAAAGCACAAUUCGUAUGUAGCAUGAUCUCAAUGCAAGUAAAAGGACGUAGAAUUAGAUGUAUUUCGUAAUUGCAACCAAGCUCUGGUUAUCAAAUACAUUGUAACUUCCUGUAAAUUGCAUUGUCUACUGAAGGUAAUUGUCUUAAGUAAAUGAUGGCACAACAGCCAGUGCAUCAACAUGUUUUAUUCAAUUUCGAGACACAGAAAAACUAAAAGCUGAAGAUCCACAAAAUCUGCAGUUAACAUAGAACCGCCAUACAGGACACGUAUGAAUAUGAUCGAUCAUACAAUUCUUUUCUUUAUCAAUCUUGAUGUUUCUAUAUCUGUCACGAUCAAUGCUGAUA